GUAGUGAAAGUAACACAGAGGGAGACUAAGUCUUUGUGCAGAAGACACACAUUCUAUCCGAGGAACAAGCAUGCCCCCCCAGUUUAGAAAUCAUCACUUGACAAAAGUGGAGAAGUGCUCUGCUGCACACGAAUGAAGUUCCAACAGGAAAGCUUUGACUGUUGCUGCUGCUUACUGGACACCGCACAGACAUCAUCACAGCCAGAACAUUUUCCGGAUGGUCUUUACAGAAGACUGAGUUCAUUGAUAAAAUAAUAGACAAAAAGAAGAAAAUGUGGAAUGACUGACUGGUGAGGAUUUUUGUCAAGCCAGCCACAAAGCCAAGGGAUAUAAACAGACAGACAAGUGAAGGAAUUGUGUUGGAUUGGACGCAGGAGGACUGUGCUAUGAUUCUCACCAUGGUGGUUUUGUUGGGUCUCCUGUUGCUCUGUGGACCAGAGUCAACUCUCCAGGGAGACACUCAGGAAUUUGGGAACAGUGAUGACAUACUGGAGACAGAGUUUUUCUACGCGCCAAGACGACAAAAACGUGCCGUUGUCGACUACAGCGCCUCCCAAACAGACAAAUGUUCUUACACCUUUGUUGUCCCUCAGCAGAAAAACAAAGGAGCCAUCUGUGUGAACUCCAAGGAGCCCGAAGCCUUGCUGCAGAACCGGGUCAAUAAGCAGGAGCUGGAGCUCCUCAACAGUGAGUUGCAGAAGCAGCGACUGCAGAUUGAGGUGCUGCAGCAGCUGGUAGAGGUCGAUGGAGGUGUGAUCAAUGAAGUUAAGCUACUGCGCAAAGAGAGUCGUAACAUGAACUCCCGAGUUACACAGCUCUACAUGCAGCUGCUGCAUGAGAUUAUUCGCAAACGAGACAAUGCUUUGGAGGUGUCACACCUGGAGACCCAUGUGCUCAACCACACAAACGAGAUGGCACGGCUGGCUUUACGAUACCGUGACCUAGAACAUAAGUACCAACAUCUGUCAGCCAUUGCAAGCAACCAGAGUGCUCUCCUGGUGCAGCUAGAGGAGCACUGUAAGCAAGGGUGCCUUUCGCAUAGUGUGCAGGAGCGCAGGCGCCCAAGCCGGCCACAUCCCCCUGCUAUCCCCCCGCCUCCUCUACAGAUGCCUGCAUUGUCUCCUGGAGGCUACAGACCCUACCAUCCACCCACCUACACCCGCCACACCAACAAUCCCAUGAUUAAUGACAUACAGAGUGACCAGAAUGCCAAAGCAUUACCACCUCCACUGCCCACAAUGCCAGCUGCAACAUACAGUUUCACAAAUGAGCCUUCUGGGCCUUUCAAAGACUGUCUCGAGGCUCUGGACAACGGAUACACCACCAGCGGCAUGUAUCUCCUAAAACCAGAAAACGGCAACCAACUCAUGCAGGUUUGGUGUGACCAGAGACAGGACCCUGGUGGCUGGACUGUCAUUCAGAGACGUCAGGAUGGCUCUGUCAACUUUUUUAGGAACUGGGAGACAUACAAGCAAGGGUUUGGAAACAUUGAUGGUGAAUACUGGCUGGGCCUGGAGAACAUCUAUUGGUUGACCAAGCAGGGAACCUACAAACUGCUCGUGACCCUCGAGGACUGGACUGGACGCAAGACUUUUGCAGAGUACACAAGCUUCCGUGUAGAGUCUGAGGCUGAUUUCUACAGGCUACGUGUUGGACGAUACCAUGGCAAUGCUGGAGACUCUCUGACCUGGCACAAUGGCAAGCAGUUUACCACGCUGGAUAGAGACCAUGAUGUCUAUACAGGUAACUGUGCCCAUUACCAGAAGGGAGGAUGGUGGUAUAAUGCUUGUGCUCAUUCCAACCUGAAUGGUGUGUGGUACCGUGGUGGGCAUUACCGCAGCCGCUAUCAAGACGGGGUCUACUGGGCUGAAUUCAGAGGAGGAGCUUAUUCUCUGAAGAAAGUGACCAUGAUGAUACGACCCAAUCCUAACACUUUCCAUUAACAGCUCAGUCUUUCAAAAGUGAACAGAGUUUAUUGGACAUUUCCUGUAAAGUUAAUGCAUUUCUAUACCACAAAAACAGGCAUCCUUGAUUUGAACUUCCAUUUUUUGUUGGUUGCUUUGCACCCAUAAUGCAGACGCAAAUUGCAAAUGCUCAUGUAGUGACCAUGCACAAGAUUUCAAUUUUUCUACAAAGCCGCACUGCACACAUAACAGCAAAAGCACACACACAUAAAUUAAGUGAAUGGCAUUUCAUGUCUGUAUGACCUGCUCUGAGCAGACUUGUUUUGUUUCAUUGCUUUUGUUGGUGUGCCCAGCGAACAAUUCAGCAAAGAUAUUUUGAAACUUACAAUGGAAUUUCUUAAAAUGCAGUAUUAUUACACUCAUAUAUUAAUGCAAAAGAGCAAAAUUGAGUAAGAAAGAAAUUUAUAUCCAGAGACAAAAACUGUUGGUAACAGACUGAUACUUCUGGUGGUGAUCAGUGCUUGUUCCAUAUGCAGUAUAUUAUGUAUAAAUAAUAUAUACUGGAAUUCAUUCUACAGGAGAGAAAUCUGGUUAUUUAUUUUGCUGAUGUGACUCAUUUGCCAGACUAAUUUCCUGUCUUUUACAUCUGAAAUGUAUGUAUGAAUUUGAUCAGCCAGGUAAAAUGAUGGGUCUUCUGAUGAUUUACAAUAUAAACAAAGUACAACGUUCAACAUCCCAAACAAAGGUCAAAAGGUCAGGAUUGUGGACUAUACCAUUUAAUGUGUGACUGAAUAUAAUGUGCGUGAUUCUUCCAGUGAAUUGCAAUGAUUCUACAAUACUUGACGAGUCUUUAUAGUGAAAAAUGAAGUUGCAUGAAAAACAGUCUUUGCUGCUGACCCUUUGACAUCAUCUUAAUCAACUAUUAAUGGUACCAUCAACACUUCUAUAAAAUGACUGUGCAAUUGCAGUUGUGACGAAUGAUGCAAAUAUUUUGGUACUGAAGCUUCUGAUAUUCUGGUAUCCAUGACUGAAGACCUUUUCUAGCUAGAAGAGAUUCUCCUUUUUUGGUUGUUCUUGUUUGGAUAACUCUGGUUUGUAACCUGGUGCGUGUUUUACAAGACAAGUUCAACACACUCAGGAUAUGGUUUUAUUGCCAGGCUUUCCUAAGCUUAACAACCACAAUCAUGCUAAGCAGUAACACAAAGCUGGUUAUUAACUCGCUAAACCAGGGUUUCUGAAUCUAGCUAUAAGGGCGGUCACAUAAAAGGCAUCGGUGUUGGCAUGAGGUGGCCUCUUACAAACACAGAUGGGUCUCAAGCUGCAUAUUUCCCACAGGAAGGACAAAAAAAAACAAAACAAACUUAAACCAAUCCAGGCAAACUAUUUUCUUUCGCUUCCAGGCUUGAUAAUACGACAAAACUUAACUAUUCUUUAAGGGUACCACCUCAAAGGUAAUGAGACCCACUGCCACAUCUGUUUAACAUGCCAAUCGUGAGUUAGAUAAAAGCCUUCUAUCGUGGACAGAAAUAACAAAACAGAAUACUAAUGGAUAAAGGGGAAAAAAACAAAAAACAUAACACAUACAACAUACAACGCACAGAUAGAAUCUCACUAAAGAGCUACAACACAUUUAAACAAAAAUCAAACUGAGUACGACUUACUAUUCCCUCUACCUAACAAAGGUUUCCUGGUCUGAAAAAUCAGAUACUGUAUGAGAGUGCAGAUACAGUAUGUAACAGAGGCGCUCUGUGUAUGUAUAUAUUCUGUUUCAUUACGGUUAUUUUUAUAGUCUGUAUGUUAUUGAUCUUACAAUAAAGUAUGUACAGUCUA